CUGAGACUGCUGCGCUCCUUCCAGCUCUAGGCUGCCGCCGCGGUCCUCUUACGCUGUAGCCACUGCAGCCGCCGCCUGGGUCCCUUCGGCGGUGCUUCAACGUGGGGGCUGCCUCCCCGGCUCGGCGCGCAUUCAUCAUGUAUGGAUUUGUGAACCAUGCUCUGGAGCUGCUGGUGAUCCGCAAUUAUGGCCUGGAGGUGUGGGAAGACAUCAAAAAAGAAGCACAAUUAGAUGAAGAAGGACAGUUUCUUGUCAGAAUAAUAUAUGAUGAUUCUAAAACUUAUGAUUUGGUUGCUGCUGCGAGUAAAGUCCUCAAUCUCAAUGCUGGAGAAAUUCUCCAAAUGUUUGGGAAGAUGUUUUUUGUCUUUUGUCAAGAAUCUGGUUAUGAUACAAUCUUGCGUGUCCUGGGAUCUAAUGUCAGAGAAUUUCUACAGAACCUCGAUGCUCUGCACGACCACCUUGCUACUAUCUACCCAGGUAUGCGUGCACCUUCAUUUAGGUGCACUGAUGCAGAGAAGGGCAAAGGACUCAUUCUGCACUACUACUCAGAGAGAGAAGGACUUCAGGAUAUUGUCAUUGGAAUCAUCAAAACGGUAGCUCAACAAAUACAUGGCACUGAAAUCGACAUGAAGGUCAUUCAGCAAAGAAAUGAAGAAUGUGAUCAUACUCAAUUUUUAAUUGAAGAAAAAGAAUCUAAAGAAGAGGAUUUUUAUGAAGAUCUUGACAGAUUUGAAGAAAAUGGUACCCAGGAAUCACGCAUCAGCCCAUAUACCUUCUGCAAAGCUUUUCCUUUUCACAUAAUAUUUGACCGGGACCUAGUGGUCACUCAGUGUGGCAAUGCCAUAUACAGAGUGCUUCCCCAGCUCCAGCCUGGCAAUUGCAGCCUUUUGUCUGUCUUCUCUCUGGUCCGUCCUCAUAUUGACAUUAGUUUCCAUGGUAUCCUUUCACACAUCAAUACAGUUUUCGUAUUGAGAAGCAAGGAAGGGUUGUUGGAUGUAGAGAAAUUAGAGUGUGAGGAUGAACUGACGGGGACUGAGAUCAGCUGUUUACGUCUCAAAGGUCAAAUGAUCUACUUACCUGAAGCGGAUAGCAUACUUUUUCUGUGCUCACCAAGUGUGAUGAAUCUGGACGAUUUGACAAGGAGAGGUCUGUAUCUAAGUGACAUCCCCCUGCACGAUGCCACGCGCGAUCUCGUUCUUUUGGGAGAACAAUUCAGAGAGGAAUACAAACUGACUCAAGAACUGGAAAUCCUGACAGACAGGCUGCAGCUCACGUUAAGAGCCCUGGAAGAUGAAAAGAAAAAGACAGACACGUUGCUGUACUCUGUCCUUCCUCCAUCCGUGGCCAAUGAACUGAGACACAAGCGUCCAGUGCCUGCAAAAAGAUAUGACAAUGUGACCAUCCUCUUCAGUGGCAUCGUGGGCUUCAAUGCUUUCUGCAGCAAGCAUGCGUCUGGAGAAGGGGCCAUGAAGAUUGUAAACCUCCUCAAUGACCUGUAUACCAGAUUUGACACCCUGACUGAUUCCCGGAAAAAUCCAUUUGUUUAUAAGGUGGAGACUGUUGGUGAUAAGUACAUGACAGUGAGUGGUUUACCAGAACCAUGCAUCCACCACGCACGAUCCAUUUGCCACCUGGCUUUGGACAUGAUGGAAAUUGCUGGUCAGGUUCAAGUAGAUGGUGCAUCUGUUCAGAUAACAAUAGGGAUACAUACUGGUGAGGUAGUUACAGGUGUCAUUGGACAGAGGAUGCCUCGGUAUUGUCUGUUUGGAAACACCGUCAACCUCACAAGCAGAACAGAAACCACUGGAGAAAAAGGAAAAAUAAAUGUGUCUGAAUAUACAUACCGAUGUCUCAUGAUGCCAGAAAAUUCAGACCCGCAGUUCCAGCUGGAGCACAGAGGCCCAGUGUCCAUGAAGGGCAAGAAAGAGCCAAUGCAAGUUUGGUUUCUAUCCAGAAAAAAUGCAGGAACGGAGGAAACAAAGCAAGAUGAUAACUGAAUCUUGGACUGUGGCAGGAAGGAGACUGAGAUUAGGUUCUGGUUAUCCUAACACACAGCAAGGCGAGCAAUUGUUACCUAUGGAUACAGAAUUUUGCUUCGUCCUUUUCAAUUAUCCCAAGCUUUUCUCCUAGGUAUAUCUUUCACUAUUCAUUAUUCAACUUUAGCUCUGCUUUUGAUUCUUUACAAGGUUUAAUAUAUUAUCUAAAGUUUGGCUUUAGAUGUGGACGAUAUGCGCUUCAUGUGUCUUAAAAUCUACUACAAGCAUUACCUAACAGGGUAAUUAGCAAGUAGUAGGCACCCAAUAAAUAUUUGUUGAAUCGAAUUAAAUGAAACUGAACAGCAUUUGGCCAUGUGUAUACAGACCAUGGUUUACCAAAUCUGUUUCGUGUUCCACAUAUAUGUAUGCAUAUGUAUAUUUUAAUGACUAUAACAUAUAACAAACUUUAUAUCGUCUUGGUGUAUAGCAUUAUAGAAAUGAUUUUCUAAAGAAGUGAAUUCUAAGUUUUAGGGGCAAACGUGGUUUAUUUUCAGACUCCCAUGCUAAGAAAAUAGUGACUAUUUUGAAGUGUGCUAAUUUCCCUUCAGAAAUGCAGAAUACACAUUUCUGUCAUUAAAAUAUUUGGUUGCUCAUUCACAUCAUGUGACAAUUAUAAUUCCUCUAAAAUGCUAUCAUUUUUAUUGUAUCCCUUGUAUUAAAUCUCAUUAACUACAUGCAGCUGUUACAGAAAGCGGCACUGUUCCCCAUUUAGCUAUUACAUUAGCUUGGGAUCCAUGAUAGGGACUAACCACAUCCUAGAAAAAAGCUGGAAGCACUGUGGGGACAUUCUGUUAAUCAGAGUGGACUUUUAUUCCCAGAAAUGAGCUGCUUUUUCUUAGCUUAGAAGAAUGUGAUUAUAUCCAGAGCAUCAUGUUUGGAAAACUUAGUUUAAACUAAUUUCGACAUAGAAUGCAUUCCCAUUGGAAUAAUUGGCCUGUUGUUCUUAAAUGUCUCUGAUAAUUUAUUAAUAUCUCUCUUUAUAAAAUAUAGUGCCACUACUUUUGUGUAAAAAUGUUUGUCUUUAAAUUUAGUGUUUCAUAUCAACACAUCAAUAUAUAUGUAUAAAUGUUCCUUGUUAAUGUGUAAAACAAUCUGCAAUAAAUUAUUUUUUUC